AUGGCAAGGAUCUUCCUAAUCUCUCUUCCCCUAGUGCUCUUGCUCCUUGCUCCUUCCGAGGCUGCUGAAGAACCUUCCCACAAACCGUCAUCAGAAUUUAAAACUCUGUUUCCGCUUCUCGGCCGCCAUGAGGAUUCGAACACGGUACUAAGUGGCAAUGUACCGGAGGACCAAAAUACACUCAAAGAACGAACUCCCGGCAAACUCAAAAAAGAUUUCUACAGAAAAACUUGCCCGAAUGUAGAAAAAAUAGUCACCAAAACGUUUUCCAAGAUCGUUAAGGAGAAUCCUGGCGCAAUCGGUCACAUGCUUCGCCUUCAAUUCCAUGACUGCUUCGUCAAUGGAUGCGAUGCAUCGAUCUUGUUGGAUUUCACACCAACAGGUGACACUGUGGAGAAAAGUUCAAUGUUCAAUGGUCUCCUCCUGAAAGGGGCUGAUAUAAUAGAUGACGUAAAGACAAAGGUGGAGGAGGAGUGUCCUGAAACCGUCUCAUGUGCUGACAUAAUGGUAUUUACAACAUACGAAGCAAUGUCAUUGGCGGGUUUGCCUGGUCAGAAGCCCCUUGGUGGUCGUAGAGAUUCACUUAUUUCCCUUGCAACCAUAGCAGAAGAGAACAACCUUCCUCGGCCAGACUGGAGUAUGGAUCAAAUCAUGGAACUCUUUGGCAGGAAAGGCUUCAACGUAGAAGAAACGGUGGUGUUGCUUGGUGGACAUUCUGUUGGCGUUUGUCAUUGCGACGCCUUCAUGGAAAGGGCGAACAACUUCAAUGGGACUGGGAAACCUGACCCUAUCCUCCCUGCAAAUGUGAUUGAGGAAAUAAAAAAAUCAUGUCCUAACGCUGGGACAAACCUGUAUAGGAACCCCCCAGUGAACUUUGAUGCCACACCAACUGUUCUUGAUAACCUCUUCUUCAAGGAUUUGGUGGAAAAAAGGAGAGCUUUGAUCCUUACCGAUUCAUAUCUGUAUGAGGAUGCCAGAACUAGACCAAUUGUCGAACAGAUGGCAGCCGACCAUACCCUGUUUCCCAAUAGGUUUCCUGAGGUCAUGGCUAAGCUCACUGCUUUGGAUGUGCUCACAGGGACUGAAGGUGAUGUGAGGAAGAUUUGUAGGUCCCUCAAUUAA